AUGAACAAAUUUUUAUGUUUAUUUAUCUCCGUUUCCAGUAUAUCUCUGCCAAUAUUGUUAACUUAUGUUAUUAAAAGAAGAUACAGAAGAAAAAUACAACUUUUAGUUGAAAAAGAUAAUAAUUAUUACUAUCAAUUGUUGGCAAUAGAUAUGAAGAAUUUUAAUUGUAGACAACACUUAUACGAGACCAAAGUAGAAUGUGGUGAAUGGUGUUCUUUAGCAUACUUAAAAACUAUACAGAAGUUUAUAUCCAGUGCAAAAUCUAGUAUAUGUCUCUGCGUGCUAAUGUUAACAUUGUCUUCUGUAGUAAAACAAUUAGUAGAUGCCCAAAAAAGAGGGGUGACUGUUAGAAUAAUUAUUGAUAAAGUUAUGUUAAACACUAAACCUGUAAAAUGUAACUUCCAACAAAUGGAACAGCAAGGUAUCUUAUUCAAAUUUCAACCCCUAUCAUCCACUAAGAUGCAUCAUAAAUUUUGUCUAAUAGACAAGGAUGAAGAAAAUGAAGCUAAAAUGUUUUUUGGUAGUCUGAACCUGACUUCCCAAGGAUUUUGUAAAAAUUUUGACAAUACAAUUUUAACUAAUAAUAAAGAUAUGAUCAGCAGGUUUAGUGAAGAAUUUGAAGAGCUAUGGGAACUGUUUUAA